CACCGCCCCGCCCCGCCGUGUUGCCGAGCGGAGCCGAUGGGCGGAGGGGGCGGGAGGAGCCGUGUCCGCCCCCGCGGAGACACCGCGCACCGCACCGGCUCGGAUGCCGCCAUGGGGAGCCGCUUCUCCAGCAUCCCCGCGCUGCCCCGCGGCGGCCAGGGCCGCCUGCACCGCGCCCGGCACUGCCACCUCAAAGAUUCCAUAGGUGGGUCAUUUUCGACUUCCUCCCACCGAUGCCACCACAAGCAGAAGCACUGUCUUCCCAUCCCGCAGUGUGGAGUUCUGUCCAUCAGCCCUCUGCUUUUCCAUCCCCACACAAAGGGAUCCCAAAUCAUCAUGGACACAACACAGAAGGCAGUGAAGCGCCAGGCUAGCUUCUGCAAUGCCAUUACCUUCAGCAACAGGCCCAUUGUUAUUUAUGAACAAGUCAGGCUUAAGAUCACUAAAAAGCAGUGUUGCUGGAGUGGGGCUCUUCGACUUGGGUUUACUUCCAAGGAUCCAUCAAGGAUUAACCCUGACACUCUGCCGAAGUACGCAUGCCCUGACUUGGUUUCCCAAAGUGGUUUUUGGGCCAAGGCUUUACCAGAAGAGUUUGCAAAUGAGGGAAACAUCAUAGCCUUCUGGGUGGACAAGAAAGGACGUGUUUUCUAUCGGGUGAAUGACUCCGUUGCGAUGCUCUUCUUCAGCGGGGUGAGGACAGCAGAACCCCUCUGGGCUUUGAUUGAUGUCUACGGACUCACCCGUGGCGUGCAACUCUUAGACAGUGAAAUCAUUCCUCCUGACUGCCUGCGGCCCCGCUCCUUCACCGCCAUCCGCCGGCCCUCACUGCGUCGGGAGACAGAGGACACACGUCUCUCGGUCAGCUUGUGUGACCUCAACCUCCAGGAGGAGACCUUCCACAUGACAGCCACCACAUGUCCCAUCCCACAGAACUCCCUCAACUCCCAGCACUCCCAUCUCCUUCCCUCACAGCUGGAGAGCGACCUCCGCUUCCACCACCUCCGGGGACCCCAUGUCAAAAUCCUCGAUGACCAAACCGUGGCCCGUCUGGAGCACGCUCGGGAGGAGAGGACUUUGGUUUUCACCAGCAGACCCCUUCGGAUCAACGAAACCAUUUUUGUCAAAAUCAACAAGUCCAAUGCCGUGCGCAUGGGGACACUGUCCUAUGGGGUGACGUCCUGCGACCCCAGCACUUUGCGCCCCAGUGACCUCCCCUAUAACCCCGAGUCCUUGGUGGACCGAAAGGAGUUCUGGGCCAUUUGCCGAGUUGUGGUGCCCCUCCAGAGUGGAGACAUCCUGGGAUUUAUGGUGAAUUCGGAUGGUGAGCUGCACUUGAGCCACAAUGGUGCCGGCACAGGCAUGCAGGUCUGCGUGGACUGUUCCCAGCCCCUCUGGAUGUUCUUUGUUUUACACGGCGCAGUCACACAAAUUCGAUUGUUGGGUUCCACCGUAUUAGCUGAGCGGCUUGGGCUGUCCACUCCAAGCUCACCCACAUCAACACCUAAUUCCCCCACCGUCCUCUGCAGUGGUGUCUCUGACCCCAUACUGUCUACGUGUGGCUCUGGCCCCCUCUGCAGCUCCAUCAGUGGCACAGCUCCCAACUCUCCAAUCAGUUUGCCUGAGUCACCCAUCUCCCCAUCCGUCUCAGGGCCCUGGGGAGAUGAGUGCACCAUCUGCUACGAGAACAUGGUAGACACAGUCAUUUACUCCUGUGGACACAUGUGUCUCUGCUAUUCGUGUGGGCUGAAGCUGAAGAAGAUGGCCAAUGCUUGCUGCCCCAUUUGCAGACGGGCCAUCAAAGAUAUCAUCAAAACAUACCGCAGCACUUAAAGCAGCAGCAGAUGCUGUGGUGGGGACUGAGCAGGUGGGGAGUAGGUUGUGAAACAACCCAGGUAUUGGUCUCUGAUCAUCAUCCAGGAGAUUCAAAAGCCAUCACCCACCUCCGCUCUGACCCCCUUUUCUAGAGACAACAGAUGAGACAAGCUUAGAAGCUGCUCUUCUACCCUCCAAGCAAGCCCUGGAUCUGAAUUCCAGUGUGUCAGAGAAGCUGCGAUGGACUACUCUCCCUUGCGGAUUUUAAACUUUAUCUCAAAAAAACCACAAAAAAACAGCUGGUGCAAUCAUCCCUUUUCUACACCAUGCACGGCAGAGAGGGGUCUCCAAUGUUUAGCAGGGACAGCAAUUGGCAAGAAAUUCAGUGCUACAUCUCUCUUUCUGGAGAUGCCCUGUGUGCAGAGGACAGCUUAGGAGAGGAGAAGCAAGCGACAUGUUUCUGUGUACAACCAGCCUGACUGUAGGAAGCCCCUUAGAAAGGAUGGAGCGAGGCAAGCUUUGACCCAGCAAGCAAGAUGUAGUGAGUGCAUUCACAGUGGAAAGGCAGGGGCCAUGGAUGCAAAUUCCAAAACCCACCCCAUGUUGGCAGGUAGAAGAGCAGCCCCACGAACGCUGCUCCCUGCUCCUCUCUUGCUGUUCUCUGGCAGAGGGAUUCAUUGUGGGUUUGGCAGCCAACACCAACACUGGCCUUGCUCCCUUCCAGUGAUGUCCAGCCACCUCCUGUCACUAUCCUGUUGCAUGAUGAGUGGCUCUCAAACCCCACCACCACCAAUUUGCUGUGGCUUAUCCCAAAUGGUCCCCAUGCAGCACAAGGGAUUUGGCAGCAUUUCGGCCCCUGUUGGCCUGCAGGAGAGGGAGAAGCGUCUCCCUUUCCUUUCCUCCCACUACCCUCUAGACAGCACUUGUAAGGGAGAAAAUAAAAAAGAAACAAAAACCCCAAUCCCACUGGGGAAGAAUGUAUAAACCCACAGGUCUGUGGGUUUCAUUUACUGGUAACUUUAUCACUGUGCUUUAAGACAAAACCAGUCAGGGGGUACUGAGCCCUUCGCAGCCAGCCCGCUGGCAGGACGUGGCUGUCCUUAUGUGUUAGGAAGAGAGGAAAGAAAAAAAUAGCUUGAGCAGUUUGGUUUGCUUUGGUUUAUUUAAAUAAAUCCCUUGCCCUCCUGCCACAGUUGGGAACCCCACUGUCCUCAUGGUGGGUGCCUACAGCGGUGGCCCCCAUGGUUGCUGUGGCACAGCCACUGCUUCACCAUGGCUGUCAGCCUGGCCCCGAGCUGCUGGUCCUUGGGCUCAGGCAGGGUGGCUCUGCAGUGGCAGGAGCUGCCUCUCUCUCCUCUGGUCCCAUCCUGCUGCCUUCCAGAGCUAUGUGGGAGGUAGCGAUGGUGGCUGGGCUCCAAGUGGUGAUCAGGGCUGCUGUGCAGCAGGAGUGAUGUUUGUCCUGCCCUGCUGCCCACCAGGCUGGACUGAGGAAGGCUGUGGAGUUGCACCUCUCCUGCCAAGCCUUUUCCUGCACUCCAGCACAUAGCCACUGAUAGGACCUGGGGGAACAGUGUGGCAUAGGAAUAACAGCAUUUAAUAGAAAUGGGCUUGCUGCAGGGUGGUGUCAUGCCCCCUCAGGCAGCAGGUCAGUGAAGGAGCACUCAUGGAGGCUGCUCCCACGUGGAAAACGUCCUCAUCCUGUCCUCUCAAGGAAUUGAAAAAAGAGGCUACUAGCUGGAGAGCUCAGUGUAGAGCCUUUGUCUAAAGGCACCUCCACCACUGCAGCCUCCCAUGGGGGUCUGCAGCCACUCCCAGCCCACCGCAUGGGCACUACUAACUUGAACGCCUAUAUUCUGGUUACAGGGAUUUACGUUAUUUCUUUGCAUACCUCUCAUGUACACACCUAACCCAGCCCUGCUUUGCACUCCAGGCCAGCUUUCAAAAGCCCUGGAGUGCCAUGGCUCCUGUGACUGGACCCCCUCACCGAGGGGUGGGAGGAGGACAAGUUGGUGUGGGGUCAGAGCAGCCGUGCCGGGAGCACAGCUGGUCUGCAGGAACGCAGCCAGCCUCCGGCUUACCCAAGGACAGAGCAGUGACCUGCAGACACAGGAAGCCUGUUUCAGCAGUUACACAAACUCUGGUACAAAGACUUCGGAGAGUAUGAACCUAAGGGGUAGGAAGACAUUGAUGAAAUAAUAACAGAUGUGGGGAAAUGUGCAAUAAGCAUCCUCCCAAGCCUUUACCACACCAGUGGGACUGGCUCCCCUCCGUACAGGGCAAGCCAAGGGGUACAUUUUAUUUUUCAAGAAACUCCAUCCAUGGGUACCAGUGCAGUGGUGUGAAUUCCCUUUUCGCCUUUCAAAUUCAGAGUGUUUUAAUAUAUAACUGUGUUUGUUUUACUGUGGACCAAACUCUAGGAGUUAGCAGAAGCUGAAAGCAUCCCCCAGCAUCUGAGCUCAAAAAUUGGGGUUAAGUCAAGUCCUGCUCCCAGCAUCAGCUGGCCUCUGGUUGUGAGCAGGGAGGAGGGGAGCAAGGCUCUUUCCAGGGAGAAAAAAAACAAACCAGCAAAAGCAGUAACAAUAACAACAAUCCUAAUCUUUUGUUUUGUAUGACUGGUGUAGGUUCACAUGUACCUCUGUGUUCUUGUGUCAUUUGCAUUUCAUUGCUUUACUUUAAGAUGUUUUGUGUUCUGUUUAAAGAAAAGAAUAACUCAUUGUGAAAAAUUGGAUAACUGUGAUUGUGAAUAAAGUUGAUUUAGGUAUCCUGCAGCAGCAUGAACGGCUGAGUAUUUACCAUUUCCACAAGUGUGGCAAGAGACAAUGACCCGUCUGAGGCAAGGGCAAUGGUGGCAUGAGAACAUCCUCCUUUGCAGAAGUGGAGUGCAGAGAGUUCAGUCUCCCCUUCAGUCCUUGAGGAUGAGGGGGUUAUUGACAGCUGGUCCCCCGAUGGACACUGUACACACAUAAGGAAUAAAGAAAGCCACAGAAGUAAAAGUGAGGGCUAACCAUGUUCCUGCAGCUUGAGCCCCACAGUCUUGAGCCUCUUCACACCUUUCAUAGAGAAAAGCCACAACUGCUUCCCUCUCAUUGCCUCGUUUGUGUUGUCUCUCCUGAGUGCCUGUGUGACCACACAAAAAAAGCAAUCAACAGCACAAGAAGGAGAAAGUGUGCUGCGAGGAAAGCCAGGACCAGGCACCUCAGCCUGGGAGGGGCCGGGUAAGGGGCUGAAGAUUGGGCACUAUAGCCAGGUGUCCCCAUCCCAGCUUUGGAGAGACAUGACAGUUCAACAGCUGACAGGAGCAUCCCAGCCCUGAACUGAGUAAUAGGUUGAGAAGGCCCACAGACAAGCUGUGGUCUGGCCAAGGGAGAUGCUGAGGCAAGAUGUAAGUGCUUCCUCAGCAUGUAGCAAGGGAUAGAGGGACCCAAAGGGGAUUUGGAUUCUCCAUAAAGAAGCCAGCUCCCCUAGAAUCCAGUAGCUCCCCUGCUGCAGGGAUCUGCUAAAACACACCUACGAGAGAGCCGUGUGAGUUUCCCUCCCCACCUUUUUCUUUGGCUAUUGAACAGAUGAGAGACUGGGUGGAUCACCCUCUCCUGUUAUAGGACAUAUUGAGUUGGCAUCUUCUCCCUCCGUGUGGAUGCUCUGUCUGUCAAGGGAUGGGGACUUCCCAGGAGGCUUGUCUUCAGCCUCUCCAGCUGAAAGCAUUCCACUCUAACAGCUUCCUAGAGGCCUAAAACAUUCCAAGGUGUGUAAAGAGAAACCACUUCCGCACCCCAGCUUUCUCCACCACCCUGCUGAGGAUCUUUUAGCUGUUGGGAUAAGGCAAGUCUGCACAGCCUGUGCUACAAUCCAAGAGAUGUGCCCAGGCCCUGCUUUCUCUAGGAAAGGAGGAUCUGUAGUGGGUCUAGAGAGCCUUCUCUAGCCACAGCCCAGCCGUGGGGAGCCUUCUCAUCCCCUCAGGAGCAAGGGGAAGAGUUGCAAAAUGCAGACUGCUCCUAGAAAAUGAGGACAACGAGCUGCCAGACAGCCCGUGUGCGCUGUCCUGAGCCCAAGCACUGCCAUGAACAUGCACAAGGGCAAGUGAAGUGCUAAUGCUCUGGGCCAAACUCAGACCCUCGUCUCCCCUGGCAUCAGCAAGAGGGACCAGGUCAGAUACCCCCAUGCUUUCCCCUCUGAACAGCCCCAGCCUGUUGAUUCCCUCCUGCAGCUGCCGUAUGCAAUGGCCUUAGCAAGCUUUGCACCCUGUCUGCUGAGCAUCACUGGAGUCGCUGUGCUCUGACCUCCCUCCCCAGGCCAUCACCAAAUCCAACACAGAUCUGCAAUUUCACCAUCGCUUCCAAGCUAUUCUCCACAAAGACCAAGGGAAGGGGCUACACAGACCUUCCCUAGCACCAAGGCAUCCCACCAGCGCAGCUCUCCUGCUGCUUC